UGCACAUCCUUGUUCCUUAACAGAAACUCCAUGACCACGGCCAGCAGCUGAGUUGCAAAGACAGCCUGAUAUAAUAUCUACGGAAUCAUGUUCCUCGUUCUGCUUCUCUCAGCAGGUUUCCUCAGCCUCACUGCUGCAGCUGUCUCUCACCAAUUCUACUUUGUGAAUGAGGCAAAGAGCUGGACUGAAGCCCAGAGUUACUGCAGGAGCCAUUACACAGAGCUGGCAACCCUCUACAACACUGAUGAUGUGAAUGCGCUGACUCAACUAGGCAGCCCGACCGGCUCUGCUUGGAUUGGACUCUAUGAUGCCUGGGCUUGGUCUGACGGCACCUCCUAUGAUCCUAGCAGUGCCAGCUGGCGGAUAGCCGAGCCAAACGACGCCAGCGUAUAUUGUGCCCAAAUGAACACUGAUGGAUCAUGGUGCGAUGUAUCAUGUAAUAGUCAGACGGACAAGUUUGUGUGCUAUGGACCCGGUGACACCUACACGCUGGUCAACACUGCAAAGACCUGGACUGAGGCCCAAGCCUUCUGCAGGGCCACUUACACAGACCUGGCAACGGCGCAGAGCAUCGCCCAAAACGAAAAAGUGUUCAUGGCGGCGAAUGGAGAGUUCGUGCAUAUCGGUCUCUACAGGGCGAGGACGUGGUCGGACGGGAGUGACUCCUCUUUCAGACACUGGAUCUCAGGCCAGCCAGACGGGAUCGAGCACUGCACCGCUCUGUCCUUCAGCGACUCUGGCCAGUGGAUAGACGACUCAUGCUCAAACACCAAGCCCUUCUUCUGCUAUGCAGCUACUGUAGCCACUUUAAGGCUUAAGGUUGAGGCAACAGCUGAACUAAGUAGAGCCGAGAUUGAAGAGAAUAUCCUGAAACCACUUCGUGAGGAGCUCAUCAGAUAUGGGCUUCCAAACAGCACCAGUCUGAGUCUGAGAGAAUUUUACCAGACCAACCCAUGAAGACUCAAUCAACAAUAGAAACUUUCUGUAAUCAUUGAUGACAUCGCUUGAAUCUGUUAAUAUUUUACCUGUCCAACCCAUAAAUAUGAUUUCCCCCCUCCUAGUUAUUAUAUGAUCAAGUGUUUCAUUUAUCAACAUUAAUCACAUGAUGUAGCCUAAUCACGCCUUUGAACACGGUGAAUAACAUGAUAAUUGAUUAGCCCAUCCCUGCAUUGAUUUAUGAGUUCAUGUAUCAGUAACAUACAAUAAUGUAGGCUAUUAGGGGAAUGAAUAGUUAUGAUUGUCUAUCUUGUAACGUGAAGAUGUCCAUACUAUUUGGUGAUGAAUAAAUAAAAGAAAUAAAUCAUUAAUUCAUUAAA